GGGAGGCUGCCGAGCUUCUAUAGCUGGCUCAAGAGCAAGCUGAAGCUGCUGAGGAUGACCUGGUCAGGACGUCCUUCCAUAAUGCAGAACUGCAGAUGCUGCUAACUGAUGAGAAGCUGGUGGCUGCAGAGCUUCUAGAGCUGGCUCAAGAGCAAGCUGAAGCUGCUGAGGAUGACCUGGCCAGGACGUCCUUCCAUAAUGCAGAACUGCAGAUGCUGCUAACUGAUGAGAAGCUACAAGCAGAUGAUGCAAAGGUGCAACACAAAAGGGAGCUCUCUCAGGCCCAUGAAGACCUAGAAAUGGCCAUCUGUGACCUACAGGAGGAAAAAAAGAGGAGUGCCCAGAAGCACAUCCUGAUAGAUGACUUGAAGGCUCGGGUCACCGUUUUAAAGACAGGAGGGUCCUGUUUCAGCAGUAGAUAUGAAGCCAGAGCCCACGUCUCACUUGAAGAGGCAGAUUUAGCGAUGGCAUACAGGAUCGCAGAACUGGAGGUCCUUUUGGAGGAGCAGCGGAAUGAAAACACCAAGCUGACAGCCCAGUUACAACAGUCUGAGGAAGAGAGUCUGCCAGAUAACACAGAACAACAAGACCACUCGUUCCUGCCUGAGUGCUUCCUGGCUCACAGCGCCUCGCCCAUUGAUGAGGAAGAGAUGCUGCCAGCAGACAUGGAACGCAAAGAGGACUCUUUCCUGCCUGAGUGCUUCCUGGCCCGCUGCCCCUCACCAAUGAAUGACAAGGAGGAAGGGCUGCCAGCAGACAUGGAACACAAAGAGGACUCUUUCCUGCCUGAGUGCUUCCUGGCCCGCUGCCCCUCUCCAAUGAAUAACAAGGAGGAAGGGCUGCCAGCAGACAUGGAACACAAAGAGGACUCUUUCCUGCCUGAGUGCUUCCUGGCCCGCUGCCCCUCACCACUGAAUGACAAGGAGGAAGGGCUGCCAGCAGACAUGGAACACAAAGAGGACUCUUUCCUGCCUGAGUGCUUCCUGGCCCGCUGCCCCUCUCCAAUGAAUAACAAGGAGGAAGGGCUGCCAGCAGACAUGGAACACAAAGAGGACUCUUUCCUGCCUGAGUGCUUCCUGGCCCGCUGCCCCUCUCCAAUGAAUAACAAGGAGGAAGGGCUGCCAGCAGACAUGGAACGCAAAGAGGACUCUUUCCUGCCUGAGUGCUUCCUGGCCCGCUGCCCCUCACCAAUGAAUGACAAGGAAGAGAUGCUGCCACCUGACAUGGAAUGCAAAGAGGACUCUUUCCUGCCUGAGUGCUUCCUGGCUCGCUGCCCCUCACCAAUGAAUGACAAGGAGGAAGGGCUCCCAGCAGACAUGGAAUGCAAAGAGGACUCUUUCCUGCCUGCAGAGUGCUUCCUGGCUUGCUGCCCCUCACCCAUGGAUGACGAGGUAGACAGACAGACAGCUGACACUGAACAAGACUUGAGCCCACGAGUAGAGAGUAAGGGAUUAGCCAAAUGGUUGAAAAAAGCAAAGAGGAUGUUAUGCUGUUGCAAUAUUGUGAAAGAGGAUUAAGAACAUAAUAGUGUAUAAUAUAUAUUUAAUAAUGUAAAUGAUCUGUAAACAUAUAUGCUGUCAAAGUGAUGGUAUCAUAUAAUAUACUGCAAUGUGUUUUCCAGCGGUCUUAUUUGUAAACAAGGAGAGAUCUGAAAUAAUUGUAUAAAAAAAGAAAUGAAAAAUAUAAUAUUUGUAUGGCCAAUUUUAUCAAACAUUUUUAACAUGAGAGAGACUCUAUUUUCAUGCCCAACAAUUUUAUGUCUGUCAUAAGCAUUGUCUGUGAAGGGGAGAUGCAGUCUGACAAUACAUGUGUGUAGUGUGUACAAG